AUGCCAAAAGCAAGUGAUGGAUACGGUGGAAAAUUUGGUGUGCAAAAAGAUCGUAUGGAUAAAAGCGCCGAAACAUGGGAAUAUGCUGGAAAAGUGGAUAAGCAUGCAUCGCAGAAGGACUACUCGAAAGGUUUUGGUGGAAAAUAUGGUGUUGAAGCGGACCGGCAAGAUAAAAGUGCCCUCGGCUGGGAUGAGAAGGUGAUGCUGGCGCAACAUGAAAAUUAUGCGAAAGGUUUUGGCGGAAAAUACGGUGUACAAACGGAUCGAAAAGAUAAAAGUGCCUUGGGUUGGGAAGAACAGGAGAAGUUGCAGCAACAUGAAAGUCAAAUUGAUUAUAAAAAAGGUUUUGGUGGCAAAUUUGGUAUCCAGGAAGAUCGCAAAGAUAAAAAUUACAAAAAGGGUUUUGGCGGUAAAUUUGGACUGCAGAAAGAUCGUCAGGAUAAAAGUGCUGCUGGCUGGGAUGAACAUGAAAAAGUGGCACCGCAUGAAAGUCAAGGCUUCAAAUCCUGUCAACUUUUUUUUGGUGACUUUUAUGCCAGGGGCCACUAUAAGAAAGGAUUUGGUGGAAAAUUUGGCAUUCAGGAAGACCGAGUUGAUAAAAGUGCACUUGGUUGGGAUGCACAUGACAAACUGCAGCAACACGAAAGUCAAACAGGUAAAAUUUUGAUAAACCCACUUGGUGAAAUAGCAAGGACAAAUUAUCUUUUCCUCCAGAAGAGAUUGAAAUUUCACGGAUUUAUCGGUUUUUCAGAUUACAAGAAGGAUUACAAGAAGGGUUUUGGUGGCCAGUUUGGCUUGCAAGAUGAUAGACUGGAUAAGUCAGCUGUAGGAUACGAGUAUCAGGAGAAGCUUGCUCAACAUGAAAGUCAAAAAGAUUAUUCGAAAGAAAAAGAUAAAACAGCGAAAACACAUGCAGCACCAGCAGUUACACCCAAAGGAACUGCCCUAAGCUUGCGAGCCAGGUUCGAACAGCUUGCUGCUUCCGAGAGUGAUGAUAAAGUACAGCAAGAACGUGAGCGUCGCAAACGAGAGGACGAAGAGCUACGUCGGCAACAGCAAAAAGAAGAGGAAGAAAGACAGAAAAAAAUUGCCGAGGAAUGGAAGAGACGUGAAGAACUUGCGCAACAGGCGUUCAAAAACGCCAUACACGCGUUCAAAAACGCCAUACACGUACUCCGGUUGGUGCUGUAG